UUCAGUUGCUCCCUUCUAUCACUGGGGCAACCUCACUGAGCCAGAUGAUGUGAGGUUGGAGGGAGGAGAUGGCCGCUGUGCUGGUGGAGUGGAGCUGAAACACCAGGGAGAGUGGAGGGGAGUGGGCAGUGUGUCUGUCUGGGACCUGAGAGCUGCAGCUGUAGUGUGCAGACAGCUGGACUGGGGCUCUGCUGUUUCAACAGGAAUCAUUGGUUUUUAUGGAGGAUAUACUAAAUGGGUGUUUCAAUCUCACUGUGUUGGGUCUGAGUCUGCACUGAAGGAGUGUGGAACAGUGCACAGAACGCUUUCCCCUACCCUGCUGGAGGUGACCUGCUCAGAGUCUGUGAGGCUUGUGGAGGGAGCUGAUCUGUGCUCUGGCAGAGUGGAGGUGAGGUCUGAUCAGUCGUGGGUCUCAGUGUGUCAAGCUGACUUUGACAGGCUGGAUGCAGAGGUGGUCUGUCGGCAGCUUGGCUGUGGGGCUCCUUCAGCCCUCCAGGGGGCGCUCUAUGGAGAAGGGAAAGGUCCACUCUGGGAUAAAGAGUUCCAGUGUGGAGGCACAGAGUCCCGUCUCCUGGACUGUGACACCUCAGACUCAGCUAGAAACACCUGCUCACCUGGCAAUGCUGUUGGAGUCACCUGCUCAGGGCCAGAUGAUGUGAGGUUGGAGGGAGGAGAUGGCCGCUGUGCUGGUGGAGUGGAGCUGAAACACCAGGGAGAGUGGAGGGGAGUGGGCAGUGUGUCUGUCUGGGACCUGAGAGCUGCAGCUGUAGUGUGCAGACAGCUGGACUGGGGCUCUGCUGUUUCAACAGGAAUCAGUAGUAGUGAUGAAGAACAUACUACAUGGGUGUUUCUAUCUUACUGUGUUGGGUCUGAGUCUGCACUGAGGGAGUGUGGAAGAGUGGCAAGAGAGUAUAACACUUCCUUUGUCUUGGAGAUGAUCUGCUCAGAUCUCCUGUUCCAGCCCAGAAUCUCCCUGUCUUCCUCCAUGCUGGGGGUCUCCCAGGACCAGCAGCAGGGGCUGCAGGUGUUCAGGGACCACAGCUUCACCAUCACCUGCUCCAUCCAGCCACAGUACCCAGGAGGCUCCUUCCACCUCACCUUCACUGGCUCCAACACAACCCUGACACACACCCUCACAGCUGUCAAUCACUCUACCAACUUCCUGUUUCUUGCUGCAGACCACGCCCACCAAGGGAACUACAGCUGUGUUUAUGAAGUCUACGUUUUCCCUCAUGACUUCACCUUUGAGAGUGAGCUCCUCUCUCUCACUGUUGCAGCCAAUCCUCUGCCAGCUUUCAUCAUCAGAGUGGUGGUGGUGCUGCUGACUCUGCUGACGUCCAACACUGCCCUCUAUUUGUACUUUAAGACCCCCAGGAAGCCUGCAGAGAGGGGGAGCAUGGAGCUGGUCUCCCUGCAUUCCAGUGUUGAAGCUGGGCCAGGAGAAGAGAGAGCAGCCCAGAGGAUGGAGCAGGAGGAGAGUGCUGUCUAGACACUGAUCUGAGGUCAGUCAUGGAGUCCCUGCCAAUGGUGACUGAAAUCACUGAGGGAAGCUGGUCUGAUCCUGGAUCUGGGUCUUUGGACCAGUUCCACCAGGAUUUAUUUAAUAUUGCCAACAUUAUAUCCAUCAUUGAGUAUUAAUCACUGUUUUAUCUUUUCUUGUUGUUAUAUUAGCUGAAAUAACUGUUAAUGGUAACUUUUCUAUAGCAUAUAUUUGUUUCGGCAUGGUUGCUUCAUUAAUAAUGUUUACUUGAAUAACUUAAUAUCUGUAACAGGAAUAAUAUUGUUAUUUUUGUUGAUUUUUCGUACUUAAAUUUCAAUUGAUUUUGUAAAGCACUUUUACCACAUGUUAAUGUCUAAUAUGUGCAAAUUAGAAAGAAAAAAAUAUAUAUAUAUCUUUUCCUCUGCUUUCAACUGCUAUCAAAACAAGUUUUAAUUAUAUUUUCUCAAAAAGUUGAAAAAAAGUUUCACCAAAAAAAGGUUCAGGGGUGGAAGA